CGUAAUGGGUAAGAGUCCAAGCCGAUCACGAAACCAAAAAAAGAUUUAACUUUGGACCCAUUUUAGUUAAAAUUGAAAAAAAUUGUCUUUUCAAUUUCUCCUGUUUUUGAAUUUCUAUCCAAAAGGGAAAUGGCAGUCUCAUCCAUAGCCAAUCUCUUCUCCUUCUUCACACCCUCCAAACCACCACCAACCCCCAAAAUUCCCUUCCUUCAAUUCUCAGUCUCGUCUUCUUCAAAACCCAACCAGGAUGGUUUUUCCCCUUUACAAGUAUCAUCUUCAGAUUCUGAUGUUACUUCCGUAGUUUACCCAUCACUUGCUAACGCAAACACCCUUUUCUUCAGAUCAGCUUACAAUGUUCAAGUCAUUGUGGAUGAUAAUGAGCACGAAGAGAGGCUUAUCGGACGCUUUCGGAGGGAAGUGAUGAGAGCUGGAGUAAUACAGGAAUGCAAGCGUAGGAGAUAUUUCGAGAACUCCCAAGAUGAGAAGAAACGCAGGACACGUGAUGCUGCUAAACGCAACCACGUGGCCCACCACCAUCAAGAAGUUUCGGACAGGAUAAGCAAGAGACAACCAAGAGCAAGAGGGACGAUGAUGAUGAAGAUAACUGGGAACUUCCUGAUGGAGGUAUCCCCAAUUGAAAUUAAUUUUCAGAUCUUUUUUCGUUUUGGCUCUUGGUAGGUUGUGGCUCAUUUUCAAUCCUGGAGGGGCUUUCUAACCAUGUAAUAUCCUGUGGGAAUUAUUUGCUUCACCUAUUUCUUUUUUCACAAUUUUCUAAUGGAAACAUGACUGUUAAUCCUUGCUUCAAAGUGUUAGAUUGGUCGACUGCCUUGCUAUUUCA